CAGCGAAAAGGAGGAAAAUGUGGAAAAAUGGAAAAACCGGCGCGCUUUUCAGCUGAAAAGGAAAACUCUCGUGUGGUUUUGUGGUGUGAUUCAAGGGUCGUUAAACUCUGCCGUAUCUGCAGCAAACCGGACAACGAUGAUUUCAUUUCAGUGCGGCUGCGGCAGGAGCAGGUCACGAUCGCCGAGAAAAUCUUCGCGAUCUCGGGCGUGGAGGUGAUGAAAGAUCGGCGGCUGCCUCAAAACAUCUGCCUCAAAUGCCUCGAUCGUGUGAACGAAGCGUUUGAGUUGAGGCAACAAUGCAUCGAAACGGAUUCUCACUGGUGCGAAUCACUCCCCGACAUGAACAAACUGCUGCUAACCGGAAGCCCACAACACUGCGGAUCCGAAUCUUCGGAUUACUUUGUCGAAUUCCUGGAAGAACCGACUGGCGAGAGGGUGGAUACAGAAGAAGACGACGAGGACGGUGAUCCCGGCGAGCAAGAUCCCCACCAAGAUGUCCUUGAGCAGCAGAGUGACUCGAUCUCGGAGCAUGGAAGUAUCACUGAGGAAAGCUCAUGCCAAACAACGCAGGUGGUUCCGAAUCAGGCGCAUACCAUUCAACAAAAUACUGCCUGGAGGCUAGGUGAGCAUUAUCAACGCCUUCAGCCGGAUUGCUGUGGAUGCACCAUGCAUUUUGAGAGCAAAGAGGAACUGUUCGAGCACUCUCUUCAAGUACAUCGCAAACAAAAACGGCGCUCCAAAUAUCGUCCAUGCCAGUGCCCGGUUUGCUACCGAUCUUACACGAGCGAAGAGGCUUUAGCAUUUCACUACAUAGAUUUUGACCGACAAUACCCGGCAAAUGGUGGCCUUUACCAGUGUCUCACCUGUAACCAGACACUCAAAACAUAUGUAGCGCUGAUUGAACAUUUGGAGCAUCAUCAUCGAUCGUACGGCAAGAAUUCUUGCCACGAGAAGUCACAUGCUGUGGAGUUUGUACCAAAUCAUCCAAAAUCAUCAACAACAUCCUCGGACGGGAGUGAUCUUUGCAUAGAGAUACAAACACUUCCCAACGAUGAACAAAUGGAAGAGGAUAGUGAAGAGAUGGAAAUCAUCGACCGGUCGGUAACGACCGAAACACUGGACGAGGAAUAUGUCACAGACGCAGAAUAUUUGAAAGUGGAUGAUGGGAGUGGAAAGGAGGAAUAUGAAGCAUUCCAAGACGAGGUGGAGGACGGCAGUGAAGUUGAUUACGGGGAUGAUGAUGGCAGAGCUUUGGAAGGGGAAUCGUACCGAUCUCAAACAUCGAAAGCAGGGCGUAUGAAGAGCAAAGAGCAAAGUGCCUUGCAGCGUGUGUUACAAAUACCGGAAGAGUAUCGCCGAGUUGUAGCUAAUCAGGAGACGUACAUGAUCGUUGAGCUAAUGCAUGAGCGAUGCUGCUGCUGUGCAAAGUUCUUUGCCACUGAUCAACAUCUGCAGGAGCACAUGAAGCAACACCAGGAGGAACAUUCACGCAUUAACGCGUCUCGAAAACAGGAAGCAGCUUGGAAGUACAGUUGCGAGUAUUGCGGGAAAACAUUUAAAUUUGCUAUCACAUACACUUUUCACUUGCGCAUACGGCAGCGGCGUCAAUUUUAUCUGUGUGGACUCUGUAAUCUUGUUAUGGACACAGAGAAGCGCAUGAAAUCACACAUGCUCCGCAGUGAGCAGCAUGCCAGCUUCUUCAAUUUACCUCGUGCCGACGUUAGUGACCAGUACUUUAUAGUUGUGCUCGCCGGCGUUCGUUGCUGUAGGUGCAGAACUUACUUCGAGAGGCAUGUAGACUUCAAUGAGCACUUUCAAACAACUCAUAGCCAACAGCUGCUGGCAGAAAGCCGGCACACGCUGGACACCCAUCCGUUCGAAUGCGGUGUAUGCAAGCGACGCUUCACUCGAAAGGCCCUGAUCGAGCAGCAUUUGACCGUAGGGACGAUUGAAACAGAGGAAAACACCCGCAAUUUCGUCAAGUACUGCUGCAAGUUGUGUGACUAUAUGACUUAUACUAUUGAACGCAUCGAGGCCCACCUGUACGGUGCCGUUCACAGUGAUGUGCUGGCAAAGGUGCACCUUGAGCCAUUGAACAAUGAAUUCAAAAAGCCAGACACGAUGUGCUACUGCUGUAUGCCAGAGUGCAAAAAAUCAUUCUUAGACACAGAAAUCUUAAAGGCUCACUUUCGUGACUGUCACGCGGAAACUCUUGCCGCAAACCAACGUGCCAACAGCAUGCAGAAAAUUGAACAGGGAUCGUACGAGUGUUUUAUAUGUGCGUUGAGAUUGGAGAAUUUAAAUGCCCUAAAGGACCAUCAGGCGCUGCGUUCUCCCAGCAACUGCAUCUGUGCGAUAUGCGGUAUCAAGAAACCCUCGCGAUCGGCAAUGCUAGAUCACGAGCGAUCACACACCGGCGAACGACCGUAUCGUUGCGAGUUGUGCGAUAAAACUUUCGCUAGUUUGAGCUGCCUGCGAUCACACCAGAAAUGCCACGUUCCACGGGAAUACGAGUGCAGCACGUGCAAUGAGCAAUUUGCGAGACUUGAAAAUCUCAAACGCCACUUUCGGCUUAAGCAUGGCGAGGCGACGUUCAAGUGCGAGAUUUGUGCCAAGAUGUUCAAGACACGCGACAAGCUCUCCGCUCACAUUCGGAUCCAUACGGGCGAGAAACCGUACAAAUGCCGGACGGAGGGCUGCGAUCGCUGGUACACGAACACUGCGGACCGAAGGCGUCAUGAGAUGGCCGGGCAUACACUGGAACGUCCCCAUCCAUGUAGAUAUUGCGGGGCAGCUUUCGUUCGCAAGCGACAACUGGUGAUCCACGAACGUCGCCAUACCGGCGAUCGACCAUAUUCCUGCGAAAAGUGUGGGAAGACAUUUGUUGAAGCGACAGCCUUGCGAAAGCAUACCGAUAAAGUGUGCUCUUUUUAAAGGUAUGUUUUUACGGAAUUACUAUAACGACAUGCUGAGAAUGUUGACCAUUUAUUAUGAAAAUUGCUGAAGUAUGAAUUGAAAGAAGUAAACCAUGUAUUGAAUUCUCGUGGAA